GCCGCGUCCAAGUGUCAAGCCGAAUCUCGUUCCGCCGCUCGUUCCAGCGGACUGUCCGCCGUCCAAUCGAACAUAGCAAUUUUUUUUAUAGUACCAAUAUUAUACACACAUAUUUCAUACAGAAGUCCGACAUCGAAACCGACGUUUUGUCGUUCACCGCACGAAUACGUUUCCAACUCUACCACACACGUCCGUGUGCAGCAAAUCGCAUUUGUUCCACGGCGUUAGUCCGCCAUGAGGACUACCACCAGCACGUCGUUGGGUCUCCUGGCGAUUGCAUGCCUGAUCGCAUUAGGGUCCUGUGAUUCGCUGUUGUCACGCAUUAAACGUCAACAAGCGGCGACGAGUGAACCGAAAAAAGAGGAAAGUUUCGAAAACGAAAUAUGCAAAGACAAAGACGCUGGAGAGUGGUUUCGGCUGACAGCUCAGGAUGGCGACAGCUGCCGUGAUGUCAUUCAAUGCACCUCGUCGGGCUUGCAAGCGAUCCGUUGUCCGGCCGGUUUGUAUUUCGAUAUUGAAAAACAAACGUGUGACUGGAAAGCUGCGGUGAAGAACUGCAAGCUGAAGAAUAAAGAGCGCAAAGUCAAACCGCUGUUGUUCACAGACGAACCAUUGUGCCAGGAUGGAGAAUUGUCCUGUGGAGACAAAUCGUGUAUUGAACGUGGCCUGUUUUGCAACGGCGAAAAGAACUGUCCGGACGGCUCUGACGAAAACUCAUGUGACAGCGACAACGAUCCAAACCGAGCACCUCCAUGUGAUCCCUCGGUUUGUGUCUUGCCAGAUUGUUUCUGUUCCGAAGACGGUACCGGUAUACCUAACGACUUGCCCGCAAAAGAGGUACCCCAGAUGAUCACCAUCACUUUCGACGACGCCAUUAACAAUAACAACAUUGAACUUUACAAAGAGAUAUUCAACGGCAAGCGCAAGAACCCCAACGGUUGUGACAUCAAGGCCACGUUCUUUGUUUCACACAAGUACACUAACUAUUCGGCUGUGCAGGAAACUCACAGGAAGGGCCAUGAAAUAGCCGUGCACUCCAUCACGCACAAUGACGACGAAAACUUCUGGAGCAACGCCACAGUCGAAGACUGGGCCAAGGAGAUGGCUGGUAUGAGAAUCAUCACAGAGAAGUACGCCAAUUUGACUGACAAUAGCGUGGUGGGUCUGAGAUCUCCUUAUUUGCGAGUAGGCGGCAACAAUCAGUUCACCAUGAUGGAAGAGCAGGCUUUCCUGUACGACUCUUCGAUCACCGCACCCUUGUCCAACCCGCCGCUCUGGCCAUACACAAUGUACUUCCGCAUGCCACACAGGUGUCACGGUAAUCUGCAGCACUGCCCGACUCGAAGCCACGCCGUUUGGGAAAUGGUGAUGAAUGAACUUGACAGGCGGGAAGAUCCGAACUUCGACGAGUACCUACCGGGCUGCGCCAUGGUCGACUCUUGCUCCAACAUCCUGUCCGGUGAUCAGUUUUACAACUUCCUAAAUCACAAUUUCGAGAGGCAUUACGACCAGAACCGUGCGCCCAUGGGUCUCUAUUUCCAUGCGGCCUGGCUGAAGAACAACCCCGAGUAUCUGGAUGCAUUCUUGUUCUGGAUCGACGAGGUGUUGGCCAAACACAGUGACGUGUACUUCGUCACCAUGACACAGGUGAUCCAGUGGAUUCAGAAGCCGCGGAUCAUUAACGAAGUAAAGAACUUUGAACCGUGGAGGGAAAAGUGUGUAGUGGAAGGGCCGCCCGCCUGUUGGGUGCCGCAUUCGUGUAAGCUGACCAGCAAAGAGGUGCCCGGCGAGACCAUCAACCUGCAGACGUGCGUCCGGUGCCCAAACAAUUAUCCGUGGCUCAACGACCCCACCGGAGACGGUUUCUUCUAAGUCACACGCACAUUGUUCCCCGAUCUCACACACACACAGACACAGACACACACAACACAACACUCUCAUGAACCAUUUUUUUUUCUUAUUACUAUUCUUGAAAUUCUUUUGAUCGAUGAAUCUUAUUUUCAUUUCGUCCGUUCGACAAACACAAAAGACAAUGCAUUCGGAUCAAUUACUGUGCCUCCCGACCGCCCUCCACAACGCUCCGGGCGUUCUUUUUGUAUUGUACAUAUUUUAUAAUCCGAAAAUCAUAAUUACUACGUUAUUCACCUGCAGCAACAACGAUUUCUAUAACAUUCAUUAUAAUUAUAUUAUGUACACAUGUGUAUCGGGUUUCUCAAUUAACUGUGAUUGUUUACUACUACAGACUACUUACUACUACUACCACUACCACUGACUGGUGCAAAUCGCUGCUGUCCACUGUGACCAGACUCGUUGUGCGGCCGUUAUAAUAUUGUGUAACCGCCGUCUCGUGCGACACGAUGCUCGUUUUUUUAUAUACUUGUACAACAAUAAAACAAAAUCAUUGAUUUUUAUUAUGAUUAUAUAAUUUGUAUUAUUAGUGCGUUUUAUUAUUAUUUGAUUAUUAUUAUUACCUAUAAAAUAAUAUAAAGUGUCUUUUUUACUGUCUCGAUUUGAAGGAAAAAAAACCGACUUGCUUAUUUCGUACAAUCCGAGCAACUGCUUUUGUAAAAUUUAUAUAAAACCUUGUACCUAGUUAAUAGUAAAUAAAUUAUAUAUUAUUAAUAUUUAAA